AUGGCAACCCCACAGGAGAUCUUCAAGGCCCUCGCGGCUAUCCCUUCCUACUCCGGAGCCACUAUCCUCCCCAACUCCACAGACUCUACUCUCAACAUCCAGGUGUCCUACUCUCAGAGAGAUCUUGAGAGAAAUGUCCGACGCAAGUUCACACGCACUGUUGUCGCCUCGGUCGCCGAAAAGUCAAUUCCUUUGAUCCUCAAUGGACCCUCCGUCGAUACCGGCGAUGCUAUCGCCCAAUUGACUUCUCCUUCCGGAGCUUUGUCGGUCACCCUUCGUUCAGUCGCUGGCGAGAAGAAGAAGCACUUUGUCGAGAUCUGGGCUGAUGGAUCCAUCCUCCACCUCUUGGAGACCACUGCGCUCCAUGAUGACUUUUAUGCAGACUCUACUUUUGGAACCCUUGAGUGGUCCAAGGACGAGACCAAGGUUGUCUACGUUGCUGAGCGUAAAAAGACAGAGGAUGCCGUCGAGAAAUACAACUACAAACCCGAUUGGGGCGAGACUUUUACUGGCAAGCGUGAGCCCACUCUUGUAGUCGUGAACCUCGACAACUUUGAGGUCAAGGUGCUGGACCGUCUUGAUGGUGACACUAGUCCUGGACAGGCGAUCUUCUCCCAUGACUCCAAGUCCCUCAUCUUCACCGGAUACCUUCGCAACCCCCAGUUCUUCGGUAUCGUGUACUGCCAAAACCGACUUACCGGCUUGUAUCAGGUCAACGUCGAUGGAUCAGGAUUCAAGCACUUGACGCCAACCUUAAAGAGCGCAAGAUCCCCACGACUGAGCGCGGAUGGAUCGACAUUGGUGUUCCUGUCCAACACGGUCAACGGACCUCAUGCUAGCUGUGCCAAGCUCCUCAAGCUUGACAUUGCUUCAGGAAAGGUCUCAACUGUGGUCGAUAUUGUCCGCAAGCCAGAGGCCGCGUCAGGAUUUCCAGGUCUAUACAUUGACCAGCUUCCCAGAGACACUUGGGUCUCUGCGAGCAAGAUCUUUGUCUCGUCGAGCUACCGCUCGCGCAAGACUCUCCUUUCGAUCGACGUCAACACUGGCGCCAUCGAAGAGUUGACUCCCGCUUCACAGUACCCUGGAACCACCAACAUUCUAUUUGCCAACUCCAAGUGGGUUCUGACAACCUACUCAACCCCAACAGAGCCUUGGAUUCUCAUCUUGGGCCGCAUUGAAUAUGAAAAGGACAACAUUGACUUGAAGGUCAAGUUCUUCAGUCUGGAGAACAGCAAGGUCGAGAAGGCCAAGGCGUAUUACCAGCCCCAUUCCUGGUCGAUCGUUCACAAGAUCCCUGGCCAGCUCGACAGUCUGGAAGCCAUCUUUAUCGAGCCCUUCAAGUCCAACGCUUCUGCCCAAGUGUCGAGCGCUGUCAGCGGAGCCAAGCCUCCUCUGGUCAUCUUCCCUCAUGGUGGUCCUCACAGUGGUUUUGCCGCAGAGUUUUCCAUCUUGAACUUGGUUCUUGUCGGACUUGGCUUUGCCGUUGCCAAUGUCAACUUUACGGGAAGUCUGGGAUACGGACAGGACAGUGUUGAGGCAUUGGUCGGUCGUGUUGGUGAGCUGGAUGUCAACGAGUGUUUGGCUGUUCGCGACCACAUCUUGUCAACUGGUGUUGUCGACACUGAGCGCACCGUCGUUACCGGAGGAAGCCACGGUGGAUUCCUUACCGCCCAUCUUUUGGCUAAAGACCCUACUGGCUUCAAGGCUGCUGUCCUGCGCAACCCUGUGACAGACAUCCCUGCAAUGGCUAAUAUCACCGACAUUACCGACUGGUGCUAUGCCGUCAACGACCUGCCCUUUGACAUGGAGGCUCCUCCUACUGCGUCCAUCUCUGACCCUGAGGUGUUCAAGCGUUUGAGGGCAGCGUCCCCCAUGGAGCACGUGGAGAAGGUGACAGCACCCUCGUUGUUGCUUAUCGGAGCCGGCGAUCGUCGUGUCCCUCCCAGCCAAGGGUUCUCGUGGUGGCAGGCUCGCCAGAACAAGAUCAAGAAGGACCAGAGCCAUGGUGUGAACCGCAUCCAGGUCUUUGAGGGCACUGGACAUGCUUUGGACUCUGUUGAGGCAGAGAGCAACUCGGCUUACAGCCUGGCUAACUUUUUGGUUGAGUUUACACGGGUCGAUCAUCCAUCUGUUCCUGCAUCGAGUGCUGCAGGUCGAGAGGAGGCUGCAGUUGGGCGUCAAGGCGAGGGUGGACGAGGCGCUUUUAUUUAA